UAUCUUUAUGGUGCUUUGAAAAUUGUACAAAUAGUUGAUUUUGUUAUAGCAAUAGAUGGCAUCAAAUACAUAUAAACUUGAAAGUAGUACUAUGAAACCGUCAAAAGAGGAAGCGGAUGCACAGUAUAGCCAUGUUCAUGUCCAAGCUAGUAUUGCUUCUGUCUCUCCUAAUCAGGUUCGUAUCAUCCCAAGAUACCAGCUUCACCUUCGUCGGGUUUAAGUCGGCAAAUCUAAGCCUAGACGGCAUAGCAGAAAUGACUUCCACUGGCCUUUUGAAGCUCACUAAUAAUACAAACUUUCAAAUGGGUCAUGCUUUCUACCCCAAUCCAAUAAGCUUCAGGAACUCGUCGAAUGGCUCCGUUUACUCCUUCUCUACGACUUUCGUCUUCGCUAUCGUUUCUGAAGAUGCCACUGAGAGCGGUCAUGGGCUUGCUUUCGUGAUUGCUCCAACAAGAGGACUCCCGGCAGGUAGUCCAGGCCAGUACCUUGGCCUUUUCAAUUCUAACAACUCUGGUGAUCCCAAGAAUCAAGUCGUUGCCAUAGAGCUCGAUACAUCCAGGAACCCAGAAUUUGACGACAUCAAUAAUAACCAUGUUGGGAUUGAUAUAAACGGGUUGAAGUCCGAAGAAUCUGCUGGAGUGGGAUAUUAUGCUGAUGAUGACAAUGGUGGGUUUAGGACCCUGAGCCUUAUAAGUGGGCAGCAAAUGCAAGUUUGGGUGGAAUACGAUGGUGUCCAGAAGCAAAUCAAUGUUACUUUAGCUCCCCUUGAUGUCAGUAAACCCAAAAUUCCCCUAUUGUCUUUGUCCCGCGAUCUUUCACCUAUCAUUAGCAACAACAUGUAUGUUGGCUUCUCGUCCGCAACUGGCAAGCGCCUAGCGAACCAUUAUGCUCUGGCUUGGAGCUUUAAGAUGAAUGGCCAGGCUCCAGAACUUCUUUUCUCUCAAGUUCAGCUGCCUCCGAUAUUAGUAGGUGUAAUUUAUGUCAUAAGAAGGAAGAGGAAGUUCGAAGAAUUGCUGGAAGACUGGGAGCUUGACUAUGGGCCUCAGAGAUUCAAAUACAAAGAUCUUUUUGUUGCCACAAAAGGAUUUAGGGAGAAAGAGCUAUUGGGCAAAGGUGGAUUUGGUAAGGUCUAUAGAGGUGUACUAACUACCUCCAAAAUUGAGAUUGCGGUGAAGAGGAUCUCCCAUGAAUCAAGGCAGGGAAUGAAAGAAUUUGUUGCAGAAAUUGCCAGCAUGGGUCGGCUCCGCCACAGAAAUUUAGUACCACUCUUGGGGUAUUGCCGGCGAAAGAAAGAGCUGCUGUUGGUGUAUGACUUCAUGCCUAGUGGAAGCCUAGACAAGUACCUUUUUUACCAACCUACGCUCACUCUGUGUUGGAGCCAGAGAUUUCGAGUAAUAAAAGGUGUGGCCUCGGGGCUGUUUUAUCUACACGAAGAAUGGGAGCAAGUUGUUGUUCACAGAGAUGUCAAGGCUAGUAAUGUCUUGCUAGAUGGUGAACUGAAUGCUAGAUUAGGAGACUUCGGUCUUGCAAGAUUUUAUGACCGUGGAACUGACCCUCAGACGACCCAUGUGGUUGGAACCAUUGGGUAUAUUGCGCCGGAGCUUACUCGAAGCGGCAAGGCCACUACAAGCACCGAUGUGUUUGCCUUCGGAGCCUUUUUGCUUGAGGUUGCUUGUGGAAGAAGGCCAGUAGAGCCACGGUGGCAAACAGAGGAUGCCAUUUUGGUUGAUUGGGUGUUUUCUCACUGGAGCCGAGGCGAAAUUCUUGGGGCAAGGGAUUCAAAUUUGGGUGCAGAUUAUGUAGCAGAGGAAGUAGAGUUGGUUUUGAAACUUGGGUUGCUCUGCUCUCAUUCAGAGCCUGCAGCUAGGCCAAGCAUGCGCCAAGUUGUGCAGUUUUUGGAGGGGGAUUUUUGUCUUCCAGAGUUACCGUCGGUUGGCCUUUGUGCCAACGGCUUAACGUUUGCCAUUUCUUCUUCGGCUCCUAUGGACAAUUUGUUCACGCCUUUGUCUUCUGUUGCAGACUCGCUUCUCUUGGAGGGUCGCUGAUUCUUAAAGUAUUUGCUACCCAUUCUGAGUUUGUUUGUGAUAUAAUGACGAACUACGUACAAUUUAUUUCUUUAAGGUUGUGCGGUAUAU